AUGGUCGAGCUUAGAUUAAGUAGAAAACUAGUAACAGCAAAUAUUGGGAAAAAUGAAUCGGACAGAAUACUUCCAUUUAACAUAUGGCUAGACCUUCCAUUGUCCAUGACGCCAUACUUCGAAAUUACGUUUUUAUUGCAGGUACUAUCCUUGUACCACGUGGGCUUGUGUUAUAUUUGCUGCGAUAAUUUCUUGUGCAUUAUGAACCUCCACGUGGCUGGCCAGUUUCGUAUAUUGCAGUACAGAUUCAGGAGCUUGCACACGUUACAAAUUAAGGAUAAAGAACACCAAAUACAGAACACUGGUUCCUCGUACAUCGCCGAAGAGUAUUACAACUCAUUCAAAACCUGCAUCCAACAGCAUCAAGCACUCACUACGUUCUGCGCUGGACUGGAAAGUGUGUUCAGCCAAAUUGUGCUCGCGCAGGUGUUGACUUUCAGCUUGUUGAUUUGCCUCGUUGGAUACCAGUUAGUAUUGCUGUUCAUGUUCACGUACAGUUGCGAUUGCUUGAUACGUGAAAGCACGGACGUAUGUACAGAGGCGUACGUAGCACCGUGGAGUGAAUUACCGAUCGACAGAUACGGGAAAAUGCUGCGAAAGGAUCUGCAAUUUGUAAUGAUAAUGAAGUCUUGUUGCCUGACGGCCAGUAAAUUCUUUCCGGUGUCGCUGCAAACUUUUACCAGU